AUGGCGUCGUGGUACGCGAGCAUCGUCACCAAGACGUCGUCGCAAAUCUCGUCGCUGCGCUCCACGCUCCUCUCUGGCGAGGCCGACGGCGACACAGAGGAUGACACGCACGUGUGCCGCGUCCUCCGCAACUACUACACCGACAAGGGCCGGCCCCGGCCUUCAUGGCUGCCGGCGGACCCCAAGGCCGCUCAGCCGCCGCCGCAGACUCUCUACGCCCAGCCGCAGCUCGGCUCACGCUACGGCGGCCUUAAUAACUCGGCGCAGGGCGGCGGCGGCGGCGGCCUCCCUGCCUCGGCCAGCCUGGCAAGCCUCUGGGACAGCGGUGGCUCUGGCCAGCAGCAGCCGGUGCAGACGCCUCAGAGCCUGCGUGCGGGGCGCGGAGGCGGAGGCGGCAGCGGCAUGCUGCAUCCAAACGGCAGGGAAGAGGUGGCAUCGAGACCUUCGCUGCCGGGUCAGCGCUCCGGUAGCUAUUCAAGUGUGAGCGGCCAGGCGGGCGGCAGUGGUGGUGGUGCGACGGCGCAGGAUCGCCUCAGGCAGAGACUCUGGGGCGCCGCGCGGGCGGCGAGCCCGGUGACGUCAAAUCAGAAUGUGCCACCUCCGCAAGGCGGUGGCGGUGGCCAGUAUGAUGGCGGCAGGGGCGCAGGAUAUAGCAACGGCGGUGGCGGCGGAGGGGAUUCCUACGGCAGGAGAUCGCCAGGUGGACAGCGACAAGGCCUGCCUAGCGGUCCGAGAGGGUACAGGUAA